AUGGCGAAAAACACGUCAAGUUCUGCCUUUCGUAAGAUCGAUAUCGAUCAAUAUAAUGAAGAUAACUUUAAAGAAGAUGAAGCAGAACAAUCGAUUCCUACUGGACCGGAUGAAGGCGAAGUUUGCGCUUUAUUGAAUCAAUGUCGGUAUAUUGAUGCCCUGAAGGUUGUUCUGAACAAUGCACCAGUAGGAUCAGCCAACCAACAAAUCAAAGACAAUGCCUUGGCAUUGACUUUGAAAGUGCUACUCGCUAUCAAGUCUACACAAAUUGAAGAGGCUGUGGGUAAUCUUUGUCAGGAUGACAUAGAUAUACUGAUGAAAUAUAUUUACAGAGGAUUUGAAUGUCCCACAGAGGGAUCUAGUGGGCACCUGCUGCUAUGGCACGAAAAAGCAUUUAACAUUGGAGGCUCCGGAUCCAUAGUCAGAGUGCUAUCUGACAGAAUGAAAGUGUAA